CUUGCGUCUUUGUUGGAUCCAGAAGAGACAUUAAAGUGGCAGCAUGGACGACCGACCAUCCCUUUCUGCCCGUGACUGUGUUGAGUCCCUGCACCAGAACUCCCGGGCCACGCUCCUCUAUGGUCAUCGUAAGAGCAAUGGAAAAUGGUAUGUGUUUUGGAAUCUGUCUCUCCUGAUGAAAGACUGCAUAUAUUCAGGAAGAUGGGGCAUUCCUGCUGGCAUCAGUCUAGAGAGCUACCCUGACUCCAGGUUCCUUGUAGGAAAGAGGCUUGAGGGUGUCGCUAAGGUGAAAAAGCAGCGGUCCCUUCCUGUCCUGAGUCGCCAGGCUGUUGCUGAGGUCAUCGUAAGAGCAAUGGAAAAUGGUGUCGCUAAGGUGAAAAAGCAGCGGUCCCUUCCUGUCCUGAGUCGCCAGGCUGUUGCUGAGGUCGCCACGGGAGCAAUGGAAUAUGGUGUCCCUAAGGAGGAAAAAGUGUGGGCCGUUCGUGUAAGAAGACACCAAGGUGUUGCUGAGGAUCUUGUUUCAAGGAUGAAGAAGAAGAAAUGUUCCCCUGAGGUCAAGAAUAUCAAUUGGCACCAGGCAGUGCUUCAGAAAACUCCACAUCUGGCAAACAACAGGGGGUACUCUAUAAAUGACCCCAUUGAGUGUAUUUUCUAGGAUCAUGGCUCAGAUUACAAAAAGAGGAUCCUAAGGGAUUCAAACACAGAACUCACAAGAAAGGCAUCUGUGCUCAAGACAAUCUACUGGCUUUCCCCAGCAGUGCUUCAGCAGCAUCAAGAUGGACAUCUUUCCAAACAACAGGGUCGAGCCACAAAUACCACUCCAAUGAAUGACUACUCCAUUGAAGACGUUAGUGUGUGUAUAAAAUCAGCAAGUAGAUUCAAGAGGAGUAAGGGUAGUUUGUACAGUGGAGACUGGAUGUUGGUGAGGAUGGAAGGAGCAGGGAAGGUGUACACGCAGAGGCAGGGAGCCCCUGCCCGCUCCUAGCCAUGGCUUUGUCCAGGCUGCUCAAAUGGUGGGUCAGAUCGUUCGUCAGGGAGACACUGGGGCCUCUAGACUUCAUCUGCCAGAGCACCAACCUAGCAGACCCCUCUCCUAGCUACUAUCAACUGCUCAUCACCCAGGUUUGGUCAGUUGAAGAUGACGCUAAUCACUGGGCAACUGUCCUGUGGGCAGUUGGUUUGGAAUGUUCUGGGUUCUGAGACAGUUGGGAGUCAAACAGACAAGUGGUCAUUCAGGGUGGUCACCUGGCCACCAGCAAGGCAGCUAGUAGCAUCAAGCACUGGGGGGCAUGGGAUGGGGAGAUGGGGAUGUGUUUUUUUGUUCUCACACCCCAUCCAUCAGGGGGAUAAGGCAUUGUUUUCUGGGUCAGGGAUUGAAAUAGGCGGGAGUUGGGUUGGGUUUUGGGCCAUUCUCUUGGGCCAGUACCUCCUUAGGGAGACAGCUGUCUCCCUUCAGCAACCUUGGGGCCAAAGGAUAUGGGCCAGGGAGUGAGGAAAGGGCUUGGUUUCAGUGUGCAGGGCAUGAUCUCCUAUCCAGGUGAUCAGAGAUCUCUGUCCUCAGGGAAUUCUCUGUAUCCCCCGCCUCUGAACCAUAAGUCACCAGUGCUGUGAUUCGAGUGAGCCACUUAACCUCUCUAAAUGUCAAUGCCCUGAACCAUAAAAUAUAGGUCCCAGCCCCUUCUCUGCCCACCCCACAGUCCUUUCAUGAGCAUCACCAGAAUUAACAGGUUUUCUUCACUAUUAGAAGUGUAAUAUUGAAGUCUCCUAGUUUUAUUGUUGAGAGAGCAGUUUCUCCUUUUAAUUGUCAGUUCCAUUGUUAUGCCCAGAAUUCGUGAUCCCCAAAUACCGCCAGGGAGCCGAGUCCGAUGUAAAAGCAAAAGAGCCUUUAUUCGAGUUAGCUCGAGCUCAAUCCCCUACCUGCACCGAGGCAGCGGUGAGA